AUGACAAUCUAUAGGGAAAGUGGGGAAGUAAGUAAACGUAGAGAUUAUCUGCCGGUCGAAAAACAAUUUCUCAUUACAAGAAAUGUACCUUGUUUGAGACGUGUUAAACAAAUGGAGUAUAUUGAUGAGGAUGCUGAAACCCAAGUUGAGACUGAGGAUGGUGAAGAGGCAUGGGUAGCGACCCAUAGUGGCCGAGCUACGACAAAUAUUGAGGAAAUUGCUCAACAAAUUGAAGGAGAAGAAGAUGAAGUAUCGAAAAAACUGAGUAAAAUCACGAUAGACGAUACAAAUGACAAGGAUGAUGAUGACAUUCCAGAUAUUGAAGAUAUUCCGGACAUAGACGAGGUGGAAGAAGGGCUAGAGGAAGAUGAAGACCCGUCAGCGUUACCAGCAAAUAACAAUGAAGAUGCACCAAGUGAUAAGAUUCUCCAAGUGCGCACUUAUGACGUGUUCAUCACAUAUGAUAAAUAUUAUCAAACGCCACGAAUGUGGUUAUAUGGAUACGAUGAGCAUCGUCGACCAUUGACAUCAGUUCAAAUAUUCGAAGAUAUUUCUCAAGACUAUGCAAAGAAAACAGUAACAAUCGAAACACACCCUCAUUUAAACAUGUCACUAGCCAGCAUUCAUCCAUGUCGUCAUGCUCAGGUCAUGAAAAAAAUUAUUGAGAAAAUGAAUGAAGAAACCGUGAAAAAAUUCGAAUCAUUGCAACAGCUGCAAUUAGAGCAACAACAACAAUCGGGUGGUGUUGUCACUACAACUGUUACCUCCAAUGCACCACAGGCAGAACAGUCACAAGUUAGAGUUGAUCAGUGA